AGGAAAAAAUAUAGAUUCUACGUCGAGACGUCAGCAGGAUGAGGACUCUUAUUUUUUCACUUUUAUUGGCCGUAGCAUGGGCAACGCCAGUGGUGAAAAACCCGAUGAUCAACGAAGGGCUCUUCGAAGGUGACAUCAUGGGAAUUGACCCCGAUGCGGAUAGGAACGCCAUUCCAAGAGAUUCUCAGCGAUGGCCCAACGGAGUGGUCCCUUAUGAAGUGGAUGAAGAAAUUUAUCCAAUAUGGGACCUCUUAAUGAAAUCCAUGCGCCACAUUGAAGAAAGAAGUUGCAUUCGAUUCAAACAAAGAACAAAUGAAAAGGACUACAUCAGAAUAGUCCAAGCAAACGGAUGUUGGUCAUUCUGGGGCAGACUCGGCAUCGGAGAACAAAAGGUAUCAUUAGGCCGAGGCUGUGAAUAUCUGGGGACUGUGGUUCACGAGCUCCUGCACGCUUUGGGUUUUAUUCACGAACAAAACAGGUCUGACAGGGACGAUUACCUGAUCAUCAACUGGCAAAAUAUCAGUCCGCAGUGGCAAUACGCAUUCAGAUUGUUGAAACCCCACGAAAAUCGCCUCUUGACGCCUUUCGACUACGACUCCGUCAUGCUAUACGGUGAGACUGCCUUCAGCAUCGACGGGAUAAAGAAAAGCAUGGAAGCCAAGGAUGGCAGGCAUCUACCAAACUGGAAAUCCGGAAUGUCCGCCUCGGAUGAGAAAAGGCUUAAAAUGCUAUACAAUUGUCAAUAAAGCAGAUAUUUUUUAUUUGGUGACAUCUUUUCUGAAACUCGUUAUUUCUGCCUUCUAUUUUUAACUGGAUUUACAUGUUACUUACUAAUCAAAAUAAAUACUUCUAAUAACC